UUCCUUUCAGUCAGUGUGAGAACAGAACAACAUCACAGUGGAGAGUUUGCAUCCAUCACGCUUCUUCCUCUUUACGAGGUAGAGCGGGUCGUUCACUGAUCAGAAGGCGGUUCGAUCCCCGGCUCCCCUGGCAUGUCGGGGAGUCUACGAUGCUGUAUCCAAAGACAGAGCUCUGUGAUGGACUGUCCUUCAGGACCUGCAGGGUUUUCAUCAUUCUUCUAACACAGUGUUUAACAGUUUGCGUUGCAGGGCAGUCAGAGUUGAUUUGUUCACAUCAACCAAUCGUAGCCCUGCCUGGUGAUGAUGUCAUUCUACCAUGUUACCUUGAUCCUCCAAUCAGUGCCAGUUCUGAGACAGUGGAGUGGACCAGACCUGGUUUAGACCCAAAGUACAUCCAUGUUCACCAAGAUGGACGACUGAUACAUCAAAUUCAAAAUCCAUCUUAUUUUCUCCGAACGAGACUGUUUGAGGAUGAACUGCAGAAUGGAAACGUCUCCAUGAAAAUCUUCAAAGUGAAAAUCUCUGAUGCAGGAAAAUACUUUUGCUUCCUUGAACCAAUGUUGAAGGAAGCUUCCAUCCAACUCACUGUUGGUGUCCUCUCCACUCCCAUCAUAGAGGUUGUCUCCAAUAACAGUAGAAGAGUAGUUUUACAGUGUGAGUCUAAAGGCUGGUAUCCAGAGCCUGAGGUGGUCUGGCUGGACGGUGAGGGAAACCUCCUCUCUGAUGGACCUACAGAGACAGUCAGAGGUCCUGAUGACCUCUAUACUGUCAGCAGCAGAGUGACUGUGGAGAAGAGACACAGCAAAUACUUCAUCUGUAGAGUCCAACAGAAGGACAUCAACCAGAUCAGAGAGACACACAUCUAUGUUCCAGAUAAUUCAUUCACAGUUCAGUCGUCUCCUGAUUGGAUUCUGAUCAUCGGCACUCCUGUUGGUAUAAUUGUGCUGUUCAUCAUUAUCAUCCUGACAAUAUACACAAAGAAGACCCGGGACUAAGUAAUUUCACAGAGGCAGAGAUGGAUGAACAGCAGGAUGUAAAAGAGGCAGCGUUUGUGAUUCCAAGAAAUCCAACAGUGAUGAUGAUGUUGUUUGUCUUCCUAGUUUACAAUCUAUCCAUUGUGACUUUGUUUUCAGUCUAUGUGAGCAGGUGUUGUCUUUGAGCCAGUGAAAAGGCUGCAGACACACAGUGAAGAAGGGAGAUCUUAAUGAUGUUGGUGUCCAGUCUAAGAUAUGAGCUGUGACUGAAGAUUCCUGCUUUCAUUUCAUGGAUUAUAUCAAAGUUCCCACUUUAGCACUUUAA